AUGAGCGCUGGGAAGGCUGGUAAUGGGUGUGUGAGUCGCCCCAACUCCACAGGCGACGCCCCUGCACAGAUCUCCUCCUACUGUGUACAGUUUGCCUCUGCUGAUUGUGGUGGCUAUGACAUCAUUAACAACUCUGUGGUCUCCACCCCGGGACUGAGGGACUACACACCGCGGUUUGGCACACUGCGGCAGAGCUGGGAGAUGAACUACCAAGAGGCUGCCAUCUACCUGCAGGAGGGCGAGAACAACGACAUGUUCUGUGCCCACCCCCGGGACCCGCGCGCGCUGACGGCCUACCUCUCUGCCCACAACCACCUGUUCUACCUGCUGGAGCUGCUGGUGGCCGUGCUGCUGAUGGCCCUGUCGCUGGCCGAAACGCCCGCCGUCCCCUCAUUGCAGCUGGACGUCUACGUCCACGCCACCCUCGAGCUCCUGGCGCUGGUGAUGGUGGCCUUCGAGCUGUCCAUAAAGCUGCGCUGGCUGGGGUUCCGGACCUUCAUUCGUCACAAGAGGACCAUGGUUAAGACUGGUGUUCUGCUGCUCCAGUUUGUGGAGGCCAUUGUGGUUCUGGUCCGGCAGACGUCCCACAUGCGGGUCACCCGGGCCCUCCGGCCCAUCUUCCUUGUGGAUUGCCGGUACUGUGGAGCCAUGCGCAGGAAUCUGCGGCAGAUCUUCCAGUCCCUGCCUCCCUUCCUGGACAUCCUGCUGCUGCUGUUCUUCUUCAUGCUCAUCUUCUCCGUCCUGGGGUUUUAUUUGUUCUCUCCAAAUACCGCUGACCCAAACUUUAGAACUCUGGAAAACAGUAUCGUCAGUCUGUUUGUGCUUCUGACCACAGCCAACUUUCCGGAUGUGAUGAUGCCAGCCUACUCCAGAAACCGCUGGUCCUGUGUGUUUUUCAUCGUCUACCUGUCCAUAGAGCUUUACUUCAUCAUGAACCUGCUCCUUGCGGUGGUGUUUGACACCUUCAAUGAUGUGGAGAAGAUGAAGUUCAAAUCGCUGCUGCUGCACAAGAGGUCAGCCAUCGACCAUGCUUUCCAGCUAUUGGUCAGCAGGCAGAAGCCGGACAGUGUUUCCCUCAAGCAGUUUGAUGGACUGAUGCGGUUCUACCAACCACAGAUGACCGCGCGGGACCGCUUCCUCACCUUCAAGGCCCUCAACCACUCUGGCACCCCCAUGCUGAGCCCAAAGGACUUUUAUCAGUUCUAUGAAGUUAUUGGCCUCAAGUGGAAGGCACGGCGGAGUGGAGGGCACUGGUUUGAUAGCCUACCGCGCACAACCACCCUCAUCUUCAGAGGUAUUCAAAACCUGGUCAAAUCCAAAGCCUUCCAGUAUUGCAUGUACACGGUUGUAGCAGUCAAUGGUGUGUGGACCCUGGUGGGGACCUACAUGUUGAACAGAGUGUUUCCUUGGUCCAAGUUUGUACCCUGGAGUUACAUAGUCUUCCUCAGCAUUUAUGUGGUGGAGAUCCUGCUGAAAAUCCUAGGUCUGGGCCCCAUGGAUUACUUCAGCUCAGGGUGGAAUGUGUUUGAUUUCCUGGUCACGCUCCUUGCCUUGCUCGGCCUGGUUGCCGUGGCCUUCGAUAUGGAGCCGUUCUACUUCGUCGUGGUCCUGCGGCCUCUGCAGCUUCUCCGGCUGUUCAAGAUCAAGCAGACGUACCGCAACGUCCUGGAUACCAUGCUCGAGCUGCUUCCCAGGAUGGCCAGUGUAGGACUGACUCUCAUCAUUUUGUACUACUCCUUUGCCAUUGUGGGGAUGGAGUUUUUUGCGAAUGUCAUCUAUCCCAACUGCUGCAACACCAGCACAGUGGCAGACUCCUACAGGCAGAUCACCAUCACCGUGGGCAACCACACCAUCCAGGAUGAGGGCUACUACUAUCUAAACAACUUCAACAACAUCCUCAGCACCUUCGUGACAUUGUUUGAGCUGACAGUCGUCAACAACUGGUAUAUUACAAUGGAAGGAGUGACAUCACAGACCAAUCACUGGAGCCGUCUGUACUUCAUGAGCUUUUACAUCAUCACGAUGGUUGUAAUGAACGUCAUUGUGGCCUUCAUACUGGAUGCUUUCAUCUUCAGAAUGAAUUACAGCCGCAAGAACCAGGAGCCGGAAGAUGAGAAUGGCAUCAUGUUUGAGGUGGAGAUGUCACGGGGUGAGGCCCUGUCUGCGCUGGAGCUCAGUAAGCAGACCUGCCCCAGAAGCUCCAACCUGAACUCCCUACAGGAAGCGCUACUGAGCAUGGAGCACCAUGGAAUCACCUCUCUGGUGUUCCUGGGUCAGAGGUCUCGCACCAAGAGUGACCUGAGCAUGAAGAUGUACGAUGAAGAAAUCCAGGAGUGGUAUGAAGAGUACUCUCAGGGGAGGCUGCUGCAUGACUGACAACCUUAACAGACAGGUGAACAGCUUGGAUACCCCUGGCAGAAGCCUGCGCCCAAAGUGCCAGCAAGCGUGACCCCUCCCCCCACAUGCUAAUUUCCACAGCCACUCCCAUUCCCUUCAGCAAUACCACGCCCCUACAUGAUGAUUGACAGUCUACCUCGGACAUAAAACAGCAUUCUCAGGUAGCAGGACAGAUGUGUGUGAGUGGGCAUUCAGUGCUGGGCUGGGGAUGUAAAAUGUUUUCACUGCAAAGGCUAAAAGUCAUUGUCUCUGGCCCAUCUCACCGCCUUCUCAUAUGUUA